AUUUCCGCAAGAAAUAGAGUGAUUUGCAGCUGAAAAUGUGCAUGUGGUCUUGUGCCAAGGCUACCACCACACAGGACUUCAAUGCUGCCAUGGAGAGACUAAAAAGGAUCAAUGCUGGGGCUUGGGAGUACUUAGAUAAGAUAAGCCCUAAACAAUGGAGCAGAGCUCAUUUUAGUGAGUACCUUAAGUUGGACAACUACACCAACAACAACUGCGAGGUCUUUAAUGCCAAGGUGAAGAAGAUGAAGGGUAAGCCUAUAAUUACGAUGUUGGAGGAAGUGAGGUGCUACGUAAUGCGGAUUAUGGCUAGAAACAAAAAGGCUUUGGUUGGGUACAGUGGAAGGUUAGCUCCAACCCAACAGAGCAGAUUAGAAAGGGAAAAGCGAGAGAGCAACAAAUGGAGGCCUCUGCCUACUGGAGAUGACGCAGGGAAUGUGUAUGAGGUGCAUUGUCUGCCAAUUAAGGUAAGUGUGGACCUUGGCAAAGGUACAUGCAGCUGUCGAUUAUGGCAAAUCACAGGGCUACCAUGUAGACAUGCCUGUGCUGCUUUGGCUUACCAGAACAGGAGGCCCGAAGAAUAUGCACACAACUGGCUUACCAUGGGUGCAUACAACGCAGCCUAUCAGACUUCCAUGCGUCCAGUUCCAAGCCAGGAGUACUGGGAGCACCUUGAAACCCUCCCCAUUCUUCCACCACUGUAUAGAAAACCAAUCGGGCGACCAACACUCAAGAGAGACAAGAGAAAUGAUGGCCCUAAAGAGAAGAGUGACCCUCAUAGAACUACGAGGAGGAUUGGGACUAUUAUCUGCAAGUACUGCCUCCAGGCUGGUCACAAUAAGAGAAGUUGUAAAAAGCGGAAGGAAGCUAUGGGUGAAGGGAGUUCUGCACCUCAAGCACUAGCAGAUGAGGAGGAUGAGGAUAUGCUGGCUGAAAUGUACUAUGAGGAGACAUUAGAGGAUGCAGAGGCUGAACAAGAGGCCACUGAAGAGAGAAACAAAACCACACCAGCCCACACUCCGCAACAGCCUCACCCAAUGCCUCGCCCACCAACUGCACCACCACAACCACCAACAAACAACGUAACAACCAGAAAACAAGUUAGAAGGAGAAGUGUUAAACGACCGCCUCCGACCGGACAAAGACAGCAGCCAACGACACCACCUGCCAACCAGCCAGCUACAACUCCAUCCACACACAACUCUCAAACUGCGCCUCAUCCAAUGCAAGGUGCUAGUGUAGGAACAAGCACCCGGUUCAUGCAGUUCAUGCCCACACCUGGAGUUGUGACUCCAACUGCUAGAGGUCGAGGCACAUCUGACACAGGGAGAGGUCAAGGUAGAGGUCGAAGCAGGAUACGUGGAUCAAGCGGAGGAAAAAAUGGCCUAUCAAGUGGGAGCAGUAACUCGACCCCAAUAUCGUAGACUAGUUAUGGUUGCUUUUUGUUGUAUUUAGUUUACACCAGUGAGAAACAUAACUCUUGUGUUUUGUUAUGCAUUUUCAUGCUUUUGCUUAGAUAUGACUUAGUAAUGCUUUUAUGGAGGGUGUAAUUUCAGUUGCCAGUACAGAGCAGUUUGUCUUACUUCAUAAGUUUUGGAACCUGCAGCAUCUUUAUUUAUAUAAGGAACGAAGUCUUGUUACAGAUUUUA